AUGGAUGAUAUCGACUAUGGAGAUGCGAACAAGUACACUAACGAUAGUUCAAUCGAAAUGGCUUGGGCUGUGAAGGCGGCAGAACGUGCUAAUGUCCAUAUGAACCUUCUGAUGUGUUGCGACACUAAAGUUCUGAGACUGAACAAACUGCAGGAUGUUAUUCAUACGUCAUUCAGGAAUUCAUUUCCUGACCUAGACGUGCACAAGGUUACAGAAGUCGAGUUGAAGCAAGGUGGCAUGAAGGAGAAGUGGCAUGACUUCUGCGAACAUUUUAAGGAGCUUGUGGAAGACUACUCGCUUGGGACCUUGAUGCGGAUGGAAGCUUGCAAAGGUUACAGCGAAGAAAACACCAUUGUAGUCCCUAAGAUAAUCUAUUUGGCAAUUGAAAUCGCAAGAAAUCUCGAAGGAGUGAAUGAGAAGUUAAAACUAGAAUUCACAGAAGAUCACAGAAAAAAUGGGGCUCAAUUAUAG